AUGGUUUCCGCCAAAAAAUCUUCCAUCGCUCGUUGCAGCGUGGCCAAACAGAGACAACCAUAUACUUCGCACAGUACAGUUGAGAAACCUGGCGGGGCAAGCGAUGUCCUCAGCAGAUCGCAUGCAGAACACAUUUCUGCAUCUGGUACUGCAUCAACGACAUCCGAAGAUGAAAAUGAAAGCCUCUCUUGGCCAAGACUUGCAGUCGUUGGCGUUGCUUUAUGGUUUGCAGUCUUCCUGUACUCUCUCGAUCAAACGAUCGUUUCCAAUGCCGUUCCCGCCAUCGUGGGAGAGUUCAAGAGUGUUGAUGCUGCUGGUUGGUGCGGUAGCAGCUACCUACUCACAACUUCCGCAUUUCAACUCUUAUUCGGCCGGAUUUACUCAACCUUUGAUGCCAAGAAAACAUUGCUCAUCGCGAUCUCCAUUUUCGAGCUUGGCUCUUUGAUCUGUGCUGUUGCACCGACCAGCAACGUGCUGAUUGCAGGCCGGGCCAUCGCAGGAGUCGGUUGCGCAGGGAUCACUUCCGGCACUUACGUUAUCAUUGGCCAUAUAUUUCCGCUCCGCAUUCGACCUGUGUGCAUAUCGACCAUUGCAAUAGUCUUUGCCGUCGCUGCAGUUCUCGGGCCCGUCCUUGGAGGGAUUUUCACUACCAAUUUGACAUGGCGGUGGUGCUUCUAUGUCAACCUACCCUUCGGGGGUUUCACUAUCGGAGUUUUGUGUUUAUUCCUGCCAUCUUUGACACGUCCCUCGAUCGCAGAUGUCUCGUUUCUGGACAAGUUGAAGAAGCUUGACCUCAUCGGCCUCGCGAUACACAUUCCCGCGAUCGUCUCCUUGCUUCUGGCACUGCAAUGGGGUGGUUCGACAUAUACUUGGAAUGACGGACGCAUCAUCGGACUCCUCGUUAUGUUCGGGAUUCUCAUCAUCGCCUUCAUCUCGUUCGAACGUUCCAAGGGCGUAGAAGCGACACUUCCAAUGCAUGUGAUUACGCAGCGUAGCGUUGCGGCCGCAGUAUGGAAUGCCUUUUGCAACGGUGGGGUCUUCUUUCUCCUAACAUACUACAUCCCCUUCUGGCUUCAGGCUAUCCGCGGAUCGGACGCUGCAUCUUCCGGCAUCGGACUCCUUCCUUUCGUUCUGGGCGUUGUGAUGAUGGCUAAUCUAGUUGGAUUUCUCGUGACGAAAUCUGGAUAUUAUGCACCUUUCAUGAUCUGCGCAUCCGUCUUGUGCCCCAUCGGAGCAGGCUUGAGGACAACUUGGACUGUCGAUACACCAAGCUCCCACUGUAUCGGAUAUCAAGCUUUGACCGGGCUAGGCAUCGGCAUGGGCCAGCAGCUCCCCCAAGUUGCGAUCCAAGCUGUGCUCCCGCAGAAAGACGUUCCCGCCGGUGCUUCCAUUGUAGUCCUUUCAAUGACCCUGAGUGGCGCCAUUUUCAUCGCGAUUGGUCAGGCCGUGUUGCAGAACGAGCUAGCUAGGAAUCUUCAUGGCGCAUUUCCUAAUGGUGGCAUUGACAUUGCUCGACUUCUCAAUGCCGGUGCGAGCGAGCUUCGCUCCAUCGCCUCGCCCCAAAACGUCGGAUCUGUUCUUAUCGCUUACAACGCUGCUUUGACGGGAGUCUUCCGCAUUGCUGCGGUGAUGUCAGCUCUGACUAUCAUUGGAAGUCUUUCGAUCGAGUGGAAGAGCGUCAAGAAAGAGGAGGAGCAGCGAUAG